AUGCUUAACUACGACAAGAUGGAAAAAAUUGGAGAGGGUGAGUUAAAAUCGAAAAAAAAACUGAAUUUAACGACGAUUUCAGGGACUUACGGUACGGUGUUCAAAGCGAGAAACAAGAAUACGGGGGAGAUUGUGGCACUGAAGAGAGUACGGUUAGAUGACGACGACGAGGUAAUUAUUGCAAAACCACCUGCUCACUCCCCCCACUAUUACAUUGAUUUAAAUACUUUCAGGGUGUACCGAGCUCAGCACUCCGAGAAAUUUGCAUUCUUAGGGAGCUGAAACAUCGAAAUGUCGUACGAUUGUACGACGUUGUUCAUUCGGAGAACAAGCUGACAUUAGUUUUCGAGUUCUGCGAUCAGGACUUGAAAAAGUUUUUCGAUUCAUUGAAUGGAUACAUGGAUGCUCAGGUUCGUCUCGGUGUUAUAAAUUCAGGAAGAAGAAAGGGAUUCGAGCAACAGAGCAUGUUCGAAAUACUCAAAAUAGUCACUGAACAAACGGAAUUCACCAAGAUUGCAUUUCAGACCGCCCGUUCGCUUAUGCUCCAACUGCUCCGAGGGCUCUCCUUCUGCCACACACAUCACGUACUCCAUCGUGAUCUCAAGCCUCAAAACCUUCUGAUUAACACGAACGGAACCCUCAAAUUGGCCGAUUUCGGACUCGCUCGAGCAUUCGGAGUCCCUGUCAGGUGUUUCAGUGCCGAAGUGGUCACUCUCUGGUACAGACCGCCCGAUGUGCUCUUCGGAGCAAAACUCUACAACACAUCGAUCGACAUGUGGUCGGCUGGGUGCAUCUUCGCAGGUUCCCGUUGCAAACCGCCCCACAAUGCAAUUAAUCAGUUCUUUUUCAGAGAUUUCAAAUGCGGGACGCCCACUCUUCCCUGGAGCUGACGUGGAUGAUCAGCUCAAGCGAAUUUUCAAACAAUUGGGAAGUCCGUCAGAAGAGAGCUGGCCUUCGAUCACACAGUUGCCAGACUACAAAGUACGGUCUCCCGGUAACACCAUCUGAUAGUUCACGCUCUCCUCCGAUCUCUGCAUCCUCGACAUCAUUGUACUUUACAUUCCCCUUCGUCACUUUCUAAUUCCGUCUUUCUUCUUAUCUCUUUCCUUUGCUGCGAGGGCUGCUGCCUACUUUCCGCCCGUGUCAAGUGACGAACGAAAAGAGAAGAGAAACAGAACAAAAAGGAUGAGUACUUUGAGCCCAGCUGUUUGUUCUUCUGACGCAAUCCUUAUCAUCUCCCCGUGGCGCCGUCCAUUUCUCGAUUACAUACGCGGGCGGUCGCGACUACUGAUAAGAAAACGGAAGAGAACAAAGAGUGCAGAGAAGCAAAGAUCCUAGAGAUAAUGGGCGAUCGGAGAGAACAGAGCGCUGCGAACAUUCUUUGAAUCUCAAUUUUAUGCCAACUGUUCCCCUUGACAUUGCACGAGUAUUACGAGAAUUUCCGGAAUCACAGACGACACUUCAAAUAAUCUCAUCCGUUUUUCAGCCGUAUCCGAUCUAUCACCCGACUCUGACAUGGAGUCAAAUCGUGCCGAACUUGAAUUCUCGUGGACGUGAUCUCCUGCAGGUAAGUACUCCGUCUGUCACAACUAUUUAGACAAACUAUUAUAUUUGCAGAAGCUGCUCGUUUGCAAUCCCACAGGACGGAUCGACGCUGACACUGCGUUGCGCCAUGCCUACUUUGCAGAAACUUCCGAUGUUUAGCUCCACUUUUCGAUCGUUGCUUAUUUUGCGUGUCUUCAGAUGAAUCUCAUUGCUUGCUGA